GUGUGUUUCCGGCCUUCCUCGGCCUCCCCCCUUGUCUAGCGUGGCUGCCUGUGGCUGCAAAGGCAAGACGGCGUGGGUGUGCAUGGUGUAGCCAUAGUUGUAGCUACCAAACCCACCCAAGGGAAUGCAAAACUUUGCAUCCGAACUCUACCUUUUACGACGUUUUUGCGCGCCCCCCUUUCUCGCGUCGCCUGGUUUCGUAUGGAAGCGGAUGGAUUUGUGAGGAGGCGUCGGAUGACAGCGGAGACUGCAGGCAAUGAUCCCGGGGUUGCUGGCGCAUCUGCUGGGGCAGAAGUCCGAUGGCUGGGCGGUCGGUUCUUGGGAGUUUCGGAAAGUAUUGUGGGCAGCCUGACACCUCGGAUUGGAAACGAGACGGAAAUACAGACUGUUGACUUCAUCCGGAACACACAGGAGCAACGUGAUGACUCUGAACCGGACUAUGAGGGCUUGCCACAGGGUGCCUCCACCAGCACCCACAUGUUGGCUGGAGCUGUGGCUGGGAUCAUGGAGCACUGUCUCAUGUUCCCCAUCGAUUGUGUUAAGACAAGAAUGCAGAGCCUCCAGCCUGACCCGGCCGCCCGCUACAGGAACGUGAUGGAUGCCCUCCGGCGAAUCGUAACAACGGAGGGAGUUUGGCGGCCAAUGAGAGGGCUGAAUGUGACCGCUAUCGGGGCGGGUCCCGCCCAUGCCCUGUAUUUUGCCAGCUAUGAGAAACUCAAAAAGACUCUGAGUGAUGUGAUCCACCCCGGGGCUAACAGUCAUUUGGCUAAUGGAACAGCCGGAUGUGUGGCCACACUGCUUCAUGAUGCAGCCAUGAACCCAUCAGAAGUCGUGAAGCAGCGCAUGCAGAUGUAUAAUUCGCCUUACCGCGGCGUGUUGGACUGUGUACACGCCGUGUGGAAGAAAGAGGGCGCCGCUGCAUUCUAUCGCAGCUACACCACCCAGCUCACCAUGAACGUGCCCUUCCAAGCGCUCCACUUCAUGACGUACGAGUACCUGCAGGAGCUGCUCAACCCACACAGACACUACAACCCCUCGUCCCAUAUGCUAUCCGGAGCCUUGGCCGGGGCCCUGGCCGCCGCCGCUACCACACCCCUGGAUGUCUGCAAGACCCUGCUCAACACCCAGGAGUCGCUGGCCCUCAGUUCUCUAUCGGCCAACCAAGGAGCCCACAGACACAUCACAGGCCUGGCCCACGCCUUCCGGACGGUUUACAGGCUGGGCGGCCUGCGGGGCUUCUUCAAGGGAGUGCAGGCGAGGGUAAUCUACCAGAUGCCCUCCACAGCCAUCAGCUGGUCCGUGUAUGAGUUCUUCAAGUAUGGACUCACCAAGCACCAGCAUGACAAGAGGAGAGCGCAGCAGAUGGAGGCGGAGACGUAGACCUGCUGAUUACGCUGUGAGGAUUAUACGCACAUGAAGUCACACUAAGAUUUCUCUCGACUGUCCCAUCCCACCCAAGCAUAGCAGAGAAGAAUUUGACAUGCUUUAAUUUUGUUUUCUGUCCCCGAUAUUUGAGCGGUAUAAUUAGAAUUUGCCAGCAGAGGGCAGUAGCGUGAUGUUCAAAUUUGCCCCCAGGAAAUUCAGAGCUUUUUUUACCCCCUCUGAAAUCUACCAUUGAUUUUUUUUUAUUUCAGUUAUAGUCACAUUUGUAGGGAAUUUAUUAGAAUCCUGCAAACACAUAAAUAAAACAAUCUGUGAUAAUUGAACAUUGCAGAUUGUUCACCAGAAAUCAAGUUGAUGUUUAUUUCCCUCAUGAUCGAAUUCGACACAUCUGAUUAUUUCAUCGCGUGUAUUUAAUUUAUUUUGCCCUUUUUUCUAAAUAGCACCUAAAAUUGAGUCAUUGUUUUCCUACAAACUGUUUUCCUUUUGUUCCCAUUGACGUGUUGAAACAACCCCAGUACUUCUCAGCUAUUCACCAUUAUUGCCUUGUAUGCAGUUCCAACUGAAGCUAUCUAGUUUAUCACACUGCUACCACUGAGUUUUAAUGUCUGCUUGGAUGGCCGAGCUUGUAUGGAAUGAAUUAUGUCCCCCCAAAAGUCUAAGUCAGCUCAAUAAGCUAUCUCAGAAACGUCAAUGUUGAACCCAUGCUGACUAAAUGGAAGCUGUUCUUACUGAUUGUCUGAUUCCGACUCUAAAUUGCACUCAUCAAAUGAAUAAUAAACUAUGAGCAGUGGACAGUGCUCAUAAAUCACUGAAAAAACUUUUGUUUG